AUGCGGUUCGCCGACGAUACCGUCCUUAUAGCAGACAACGUGGAGGGUCUGCAAACACUUCUACAAAGACUAAACAACACGUGUAGAGUCUAUGGCCUGAAAAUGAACCCUAAGAAAACUAAAUUUAUGAUCAUCACUAAGAGAGAAGAUGUCCAAGCCAAUGUUCUAAUAGAUGAUACACCUAUGGAGAGAGUACAACAAUAUAAAUAUCAAGGCAGUUGGUUGACCGAAAACUUGGAUCAAUCAGCAGAAAUAAAAGCUCGAAUAGAAGGAGCUAGAGCAGCCUUCGUAAAACUCAAAAAAUACAAAGAAUUCUUGGACUAUGACACUUUAGCGGCAGAACUAGACUUGUGGCGGCAAAAAUGGAAGCAACUACCUGCAGUCGACCGACCUAAAAAUGCAAUCGAAACGAUAAUCGGAGUGUAA